AUGUCACACGACCCUACGCCCAACGAUCAGGAGGUCACGAUAGGUAUCCCCUAUUUAUCACCUACCUUAAAUGAAACAACAGCAGUUACUAGAAACAUCAGAAAAAACAAUAAGACCCAACAAAAAAAUACGAAAACAAAUGAAAAAGAACAAAAAAAUGAAGCAGGAAACAAUACACCAUCAACCGCGCUAGGCAUAAUGGAUAUAGACCAGGACAAAACAAAAAACGGCACAACAGGAAAAAAAAGGAGUGCACCAAUUUCCCCCGGAAUAGGAACAAGCGAGGCCUUAGACACAUUGAAACUAACAAAUAAAGAACAUUUGAAUGAACAACAAAUGGAAUUUAUCACCAAAUUCAACAAAUAUCAGAAACAAAUAGAAUGUAGCAAAUGCAAAGGUACAUGGUUAAACAUUGACAGAAUCGAUCAUAUCGAAAUCGAAGACGAAGAAUAUGCAGAGAUUGUUUUAUUAUGCAAAAAAUGUACAAAGAAAUUUACAACGGCAGAGGUACAAGAAUUAAUCACUAAAGUAACAAAAGAAAAGAAAAGACAGAUAGGAGAUACAAGAGUUACAACAAAUGACAAGAAAAAAACAGGUGAAGUAAAGUAUACAGCAGACGUAGAAGCUGUUAUGGAACAAUAUGAACUAGCAAGAGAAAAAAUAUCAUGCAACAAAUGCGGAACAAUUGGAACUAUACAAAAAAAUGGAAGAAACCAAGGAAAGCCACCAAAACCACAAUACAAAUGUAAACAAUGCGAAAAAGGAACAACAUUUGCUGAGAUGAAAACUAUUUUGAAGUAUGAAACAACAAAAAAAAACGAAGAGCAGAUGCAAACAGAUACAGAAGAAAAAAGUGAUUUUGAAGAUGACGACGAAAAUGAUGUGCCAGAUAUCGCAGACACAGAAAUGGAACAAGACGAAGAACUAGCAGGAGAAAUAAAUGUCUGGAACGAAAUGAAGCUACUAAAAAAAAGAUUAGAAAAAACAGAAAAAGAAACAAAAAAAAUGCAGGAGCUUAUUAGGGAGAACAUCAACCUGAAAAAAGAAAAUAUUGAACUAAAAAAGAAAAUGCGAGAAAUGGAAGAAGAAAAUGAAACAGAAGAGUACAAUGAAACAAAUAACAACAACAACAACUAUCAAGAAGAAAACUUAAAUCAAAGAAUCGACAAUAUUCAAGUACUUGAUACAUACUGUCCAGAUUGGGAUACAGUACUACUAUUAAUACACGAAAAAUAUAAAGACACAGCAGAAAAAAAAUUAGGAACAGGCGGAGACAGCAAACUAGCAGGACUAUCGACAGAAGAAAAAAUAGCAAAACUGGAGCAAAUUAGGAACAACUGUUCAAUGAGAGCAUUAGAAUUUAUUAGAGAGCCGGUAAAAAAAUCAGUAGCAAGAUGCUUUUACCGCCAAAUAUUAUUAGCGAAGACCAACUUGAAACAAAUAUUGACAGGAAGAAAUACGAACGAAGCAAUGGACAUUUUUCAAGAACCAGCAACAGAAGAACAACCAAUCGGAGCGAAAACAAACCCUGAAGAUCACCUGUCAAAAUAA